AUGCAGGCCGUGUCAGGCAGGCAUGUUUCCCGUCGCAAGCGCCGGCCGCCACCGCCGGCACUGUCAACGUCGAGCGACCUUUUGGCGUCUGAAACAUCCGACUCAAGCACAACUUCACAACGUCUAGUCCAGCCAGCCGACUUCCGCAACGAGCCCGAUGAGGAACUCGUCUUUGACAACACCAUUCGCCCCGCCCCCGUUGCAUGCCGCCGAGAUGGGGCGGCGUCACUUACCAAAGUACCAAAGUCUCUCGCCCGUCCAACGAGACGGUUCCUGGCCCUUGUUCUUGACAUCCGCCACUUUGGCUAG